AAGAGGGCUGGUGGAUUGGGGAUAGGUUCCACCAUAAGGGCGUGUUUUACGCAAAUCUUGUAUUUUUGCAAGAGACUACUCCAGCACUGAAACCGGUGACCUCAUUGUCGCACGACAGCACCAUGUGCCGAGGCCCCCCUUCACUUUGGGUGAUACGUAGUAUUUAUUAUUUCUCUUUGUGUAGGUUGCACUCAGCUGGACAUCUUCUGGAUAUCUGUAUCGCUAACGUCGGAUGGGGUAACCUCUUAAAGCCACUAAAAGCCUACCAUUUCCCUGAUGGGCCAUAUGUAGAGUACAGAGGAACCGUCCCACAAAAUGAACUUGAAAUUAAGAAAAAGGAGCUGGAAGCAGAAGCUGGUAACCUCAUUUCCGCCGGAGGAAAAGUUUUGGCUUCGAUUUGUUCAUAUGAAGAGGCAUGCAAACUGUGUGGUGGAAAUAUCCCGGACUAUAUUCCCAAAGAAAGCACUCCUCGGAUUGUGAAGUUUGGGGAGUACCCCGGAUGCCCCUGUGGGGGCACACAUGUUUCUGAUGUUUCUGAGAUCAUCAGCUUCAAGGUAUGGUAUCCACUUUAUAGCGCUCAUAUGUUGUUGGAAGCUUGGGCCUCCGGAGUACUAAGAGAANUAUAGUGAAAUUUGCACUAAAUAUGAAUAAAACAUAAUGACUUUCCUAAUAUAGGACUUAAACUUUUUUAUUCUCUAAAUAAGACUUAAUAAUGACCUAGUGGAAGGAAUAAUGUCCAGCAAUGAUGGACAUUUAGUUGAAUAAUGACUACUUGAUAAUGACCAAAGAUCCUACAUUGGUUAAUAAAAACAUAUGGUCCUAUAUUGGGAAAGUCAUUAUGUUUUAGUCCUAUUUAGGUAAAUUUCUCUUAAAUAUACCUUUUCAUUAUGACAUGAACUGCACAUUAAACUGCCAUUGUUUCUUACUUUCAUUGAGUUUAGGGCAGUAAAUGCAGCAAUGCAUUUAGGGUUCAACGGAACAGUCUCUCUGUUUUUACAGGGGUUUCUCAAAUUCGGACCAGGAAAGGAACGACUAAAGUAUUUUACAACGUUUAGUUUUUUGGCCACUCUUUUAACUUUCAUUGUAUUGAAAGAUGCUGUGGUUAUUUUGGUGAAGUUGUACGGUCAUAUUUACUCAUAUACACAGCAAGAUGAUGACUAGGAAUUUGUGCUUAUUAGCAUGUGAAGAUUAUCUUGUUUCCAAAAACAGAUUCUUCUUUCUGAAAGUUCCUUAUGUUCUUAAUAGUAUAUUUCUUUAAAAAUUAAACUGUACCAUGUUUG